AUGAUUAAUGUUCCUACUUCACCUAUUGCAAAGCUUCGACUACUUGUUCUUUGGAUUGCGCAAUCUCCUCAGCGAAUACAGAGGUGGGAUAAUCGACCUAGAUGUACAAAAGCUAUCAAUUACGAUGUUGAUACUCGAUGGAACUCUACCUUUGUUAUGAUUGAGAGAGCUGAAGAGUGCCGCCGGCAGCUCGAAGAUACAGUUAACGAUGAACCAGACAUUGAAGCCUUAUGUCUCACAUCUAACGACUGGAAACAGCUCUCAGAUAUCAAGAAAAUCCUGACUCCAUUCAACGAAUAUACUGAGUACGUCUCCCGAGAUAGCCCUUCAAUUCAUAUGGCGGCACGUAUGUUUGAAGAGCUCCAUUCUAUACUCUUCGCUAUCAAGGAACGACGAGGCGAGUGGCAGAAGGUUUCGCCAGCAAUAACUGUUCUUAUUUCUGAUGGAAUCUCACUUCUGGAGCAGUAUCACGACUGCGCUAAAGAUAUCGAUAUAUACUAUAUCGCAAGCGUUUUGGACCCUCGAAUCAAGACUAAGUCGCUCAAAACGCUACCAGAUGGAGAGAAGAUUAUUGGCCGAAUUAGGGCGUUCCUGAAGAAAGCAUAUCCUACCUCAAAACAGCCUGUAUCGACUACUCUAAGUACUAAUUGGAAGAGUUUCGAAUAUCGAUUUCUAGAAGCCUUCCAGCCUACACAGUAUAAUGUCGCUGAAUCUGAUAUCGACCAGUAUUCUGAUACUCCUACAAUCAGUACUGGUUUCGAAAAGAAGCCAGAGCCAAACUGA